AUGGGCGGCAGCUGGCCAACCGCGCUACUCGACUCUCCGCCCGACAACGACGACAACGACAUCCACAACCAACAACCACAACCACCGCUGACCGACCAGCUGCAUCGACAACGACAACCACAUCCCUAUCCAUGCCACAAUAUCGAACCAACUACCUCUCCUUUUGUUCUGGACCUUGGGAUUUCCAAUAGUCUGGGUUUGGUUGUUGAGCUCGCACCGCCUAUUCCGUUUCCCCUCGAUAUUUACCCAGCUACUGGUCACGACCAAUCCGCUUGUUGUCGGAUAAUCGUGGUCGACUGGCUGAAUAUUGGCGGAUAUUGUACAUGUAGCCGCCGCACCGAUAUAAGCUACCAUGAAGGGUUUCAGACAGAGAGUUGUAAGCCUCCACCACACUCCCCUCGUUUGGAUGUUUCUUUGCUUUUGGGGAUGUACAUGCUGUCCCGUGCGAAAGAUUCAAACAAGUCUUCUAAGAAGAAGGACUCUUCCGGAACAUCCUCCCCAAGUCAGAACACAACCUCAAGUUCGUCGGGCCCUACCCCUUCCCCGGCCAACUCCAACCAUGGCACUCCUACAUCCUCGACUACCACUGUGAAUGAUACCAAAGGCAGGCCUGGAAUGCAAGGUGGUAAUGGUGGUGGGAUUCCGCCACCAAAGGCCGGCCAAAAGUCACACCUUUUUGACCGAUUACAAACAACUCCCAAGGAUGUCCCUGAAGGUAUCAGGACACCAAAACGGCAACACUCCUCGAGGUUCGACAUAUCCGAUCAGCGCCAAAGAGAACUUGAGAAGCUUCCUGGCUUCCACGAGGUCCCCCCGAACCGGCGCCAGGAUUUGUUCAUGCAAAAGAUUGACCAGUGUAAUAUCAUUUUCGACUUUAACGAUCCGACUGGCGAUAUGAAAUCCAAGGAGAUCAAGCGACUUGCCCUGCAUGAAUUAUUAGACUAUGUGGCAAACAACAGAUCCGUCAUUACUGACCCCAUGUAUCCCCGUGUGGUGGACAUGUUCGCCAAAAACCUUUUCCGCCCUAUUCCCCCUCCCGUAAACCCUCAAGGAGACGCGUUCGACCCAGAAGAGGAUGAACCCGUUCUUGAAGUCGCAUGGCCGCAUAUUCAGGUUGUUUAUGAAUUUUUUCUUCGGUUUAUCGAGAGCCAAGAUUUCAAUACCAAUAUAGCAAAAGCGUACAUCGAUCAUCAGUUUGUUUUACAACUACUGGAACUCUUCGAUUCCGAAGACCCUCGCGAACGAGACUUCCUCAAAACAACCCUUCAUCGCAUCUACGGCAAAUUCCUCAAUCUACGUUCUUACAUUCGACGGUCGAUCAACAACGUUUUCUUCCAGUUCAUGUACGAGACCGAACGCUUUAAUGGAGUAGCAGAGCUGCUCGAGAUUCUUGGAUCUAUUAUUAAUGGCUUCGCCCUCCCGCUUAAGGAGGAGCACAAGCUCUUCUUGACGCGUGUUUUGAUUCCCCUCCAUAAAGUAAAGAGUCUGAGCAUGUAUCACCCCCAACUGGCCUAUUGCAUUGUUCAAUUCCUUGAAAAGGACUCUGCGCUCACUGAAGAGGUUGUCCUUGGGCUUCUCCGCUACUGGCCAAAAGUAAAUAGCACGAAAGAGGUCAUGUUUUUGAAUGAAGUCGAAGAUAUAUUUGAAGUCAUGGACCCCGCAGAAUUUGCCAAGGUCCAAGAGCCGCUGUUCAAUCAACUGGCGAAAUCGGUCGCUAGUCCCCAUUUUCAGGUUGCUGAACGGGCCCUAUAUUUUUGGAACAAUGAGUACUUCUGCAAUCUAGUCACGGAUAACGUAGAGACUAUCCUCCCUAUUAUGUUUGCUCCACUCUACGAGAAUUCAAAAGGCCAUUGGAACAGGACCAUCCACAGCAUGGUAUACAAUGCGAUGAAACUCUUCAUGGAGAUCAAUCCACAACUAUUCGACGAUUGCUCCCACGACUACACAGAAUUACAAUCAACAGCAGAAGCGCGUGAGAAGGAUAGACAGAGCAAAUGGGACAGACUGCAAAAACUAGCCCAAUCUCGAAAGAGCUUGACAGGUACAGGCACAGCAACGGAGCCAUCUUCACUAUCACUCAAUGCUACUAAUGCUGCGCCCUCUACAUCAUCUCCACCACCAUCAUCUGACGGACGACCAAGCCCAUCUCUUACUACGGACGAUAUGGACAAGGCAACCCAUGAUAGCCAACAACGGCUUAACGCGCUGAAACUGCAGGAUGAAUCGAAUGUGAGCAAGGAGCGGCGGUUGCGGGAGCGGGAUGGGCAAAACCUGAAUUCGGUUAGUGCUUCAUAA